UGUAGUUACAUUUUAAGAUAUAAUGAAACCACAUCUAUUGUUCUUUUGGUAUUUACUAAACACAGUUUUAAGUGACAAAGUUUAUUGUCCAACUUGUAAAAAUGACGAAUGUAAUUCGGAACCGAUUUCUUAUAUGCAGUGUAACAACAAUAUCCCUUCACUUCCAUUUAACCAAACUAGCAAUUACGACAGGGAUAGCAAAAAUGCUUAUAAAUGCUUGAAUAUACAUUAUAAAGAAGCAAAUAUAUUGAAAAAUAUUAAACAAUGUAUACCUGCAAUAAAUGGAAGGAAAAUUUGCAAAGAUAAUAAUAAAUAUAUAAUAAACUGUACACUUACUGAACCAACCACUUUAAUCGAAUUAAGAAGGUAUCAAAGAGCAGCAAAAUUAGUUAAAUCGACUAAAAGCACAAUAGCAGAAAUUACCUUUACAACAAAUAUAGAACCGUUCACAAGUACCAAAUCUAAGCCACCAAGCAAUACCAAUACAACGACAACUAAAGCGGCUAAAACAACUGUCACAGCGGCUAAACCAACCAAUGCGACGACAACAACUGAAGCGACGAACACAACUGUCACAGUCGCACAACCAACCAAUGCAACGACAACAACUGAAGCGACGAACACAACUGUCACAGUCGCACCACCAACCAAUGCAACGACAACAACUAAAGCGACGAACACAACUGUCACAGCGGCACCACCAACCAAUGCAACGACAACAACUGAAGCGACAAACACAACUGUCACAGAGGCACCACCAACCAAUGCAACGACAACUGAAGUGACGAACACAACUGUCACAGCGGCACCACCAACCAAAUCAACGACAACAACUGAAGCGACGAACACAACUGUCACAGUCGCCCCACCAACCAAAUCAAUGACAACAACUGAAGCGACGAACACAACUGUCACAGUCGCCCCACCAACCAAAUCAACGACAACAACUGAAGCGACAAACACAACAGUCACAGUCGCCCCACCAACCAAAUCAACGACAACAACUGAAGCGACGAACACAACUGUCACAGUCGCCCCACCAACCAAAUCAACGACAACAACUGAAGCGACGAACACAACUGUCACAGUCGCCCCACCAACCAAAUCAACGACAACAACUGAAGCGACGAACACAACUGUCACAGUCGCCCCACCAACCAAAUCAACGACAACAACUGAAGCGACGAACACAACUGUCACAGUCGCCCCACCAACCAAAUCAACGACAACAACUAAAGCGACGAACACAACUGUCACAGCGGCACCACCAACCAAUGCAACGACAACAACUGAAGCGACGAACACAACUGUCACAGCGGCACCACCAACCAAAUCAACGACAACAACUGAAGCGACGAACACAACUGUCACAGUCGCCCCACCAACCAAAUCAACGACAACAACUGAAGCGACGAACACAACUGUCACAGUCGCCCCACCAACCAAAUCAACGACAACAACUGAAGCGACGAACACAACUGUCACAGUAGCCCCACCAACCAAAUCAACGACAACAACUGAAGCGACGAACACAACUGUCACAGCGGCACCACCAACCAAUGCAACGACAACAACUGAAGCGACGAACACAACUGUUACAGUCGCCCCACCAACCAAAUCAACGACAACAACUGAAGCGACGAACACAACUGUCACAGUCGCCCCACCAACCAAAUCAACGACAACAACUGAAGCGACGAACACAACUGUCACAGUCGCCCCACCAACCAAAUCAACGACAACAACUGAAGCGACAAACACAACAGUCACAGUCGCCCCACCAACCAAAUCAACGACAACAACUGAAGCGACGAACACAACUGUCACAGUCGCCCCACCAACCAAAUCAACGACAACAACUGAAGCGACGAACACAACUGUCACAGUCGCCCCACCAACCAAAUCAACGACAACAACUGAAGCGACGAACACAACUGUCACAGUCGCCCCACCAACCAAAUCAACGACAACAACUGAAGCGACGAACACAACUGUCACAGUCGCCCCACCAACCAAAUCAACGACAACAACUGAAGCGACAAACACAACAGUCACAGUCGCCCCACCAACCAAAUCAACGACAACAACUGAAGCGACGAACACAACUGUCACAGUCGCCCCACCAACCAAAUCAACGACAACAACUGAAGCGACAAACACAACAGUCACAGUCGCCCCACCAACCAAAUCAACGACAACAACUGAAGCGACGAACACAACUGUCACAGUCGCCCCACCAACCAAAUCAACGACAACAACUGAAGCGACGAACACAACUGUCACAGUCGCCCCACCAACCAAAUCAACGACAACAACUGAAGCGACGAACACAACUGUCACAGUCGCCCCACCAACCAAAUCAACGACAACAACUGAAGCGACGAACACAACUGUCACAGUCGCCCCACCAACCAAAUCAACGACAACAACUGAAGCGACGAACACAACUGUCACAGUCGCCCCACCAACCAAAUCAACGACAACAACUGAAGCGACGAACACAACUGUCACAGUCGCCCCACCAACCAAAUCAACGACAACAACUGAAGCGACAAACACAACAGUCACAGUCGCCCCACCAACCAAAUCAACGACAACAACUGAAGCGACGAACACAACUGUCACAGUCGCCCCACCAACCAAAUCAACGACAACAACUGAAGCGACAAACACAACAGUCACAGUCGCCCCACCAACCAAAUCAACGACAACAACUGAAGCGACGAACACAACUGUCACAGUCGCCCCACCAACCAAAUCAACGACAACAACUGAAGCGACGAACACAACUGUCACAGUCGCCCCACCAACCAAAUCAACGACAACAACUGAAGCGACGAACACAACUGUCACAGUCGCCCCACCAACCAAAUCAACGACAACAACUGAAGCGACAAACACAACAGUCACAGUCGCCCCACCAACCAAAUCAACGACAACAACUGAAGCGACGAACACAACUGUCACAGUCGCCCCACCAACCAAAUCAACGACAACAACUGAAGCGACGAACACAACUGUCACAGUCGCCCCACCAACCAAAUCAACGACAACAACUGAAGCGACGAACACAACUGUCACAGUCGCCCCACCAACCAAAUCAACGACAACAACUAAAGCGACAAACACAACAGUCACAGUCGCCCCACCAACCAAAUCAACGACAACAACUGAAGCGACAAACACAACAGUCACAGUCGCCCCACCAACCAAAUCAACGACAACAACUGAAGCGACAAACACAACAGUCACAGUCGCCCCACCAACCAAAUCAACGACAACAACUGAAGCGACAAACACAACAGUCACAGUCGCCCCACCAACCAAAUCAACGACAACAACUGAAGCGACGAACACAACUGUUACAGUCGCCCCACCAACCAAAUCAACGACAACAACUGAAGCGACGAACACAACUGUCACAGUCGCCCCACCAACCAAAUCAACGACAACAACUGAAGCGACGAACACAACUGUCACAGUCGCCCCACCAACCAAAUCAACGACAACAACUGAAGCGACAAACACAACAGUCACAGUCGCCCCACCAACCAAAUCAACGACAACAACUGAAGCGACGAACACAACUGUCACAGUCGCCCCACCAACCAAAUCAACGACAACAACUGAAGCGACGAACACAACUGUCACAGUCGCCCCACCAACCAAAUCAACGACAACAACUGAAGCGACGAACACAACUGUCACAGUCGCCCCACCAACCAAAUCAACGACAACAACUGAAGCGACAAACACAACAGUCACAGUCGCCCCACCAACCAAAUCAACGACAACAACUGAAGCGACGAACACAACUGUCACAGCGGCACCACCAACCAAAUCAACGACAACAACUGAAGCGACGAACACAACUGUCACAGUCGCCCCACCAACCAAAUCAACGACAACAACUGAAGCGACGAACACAACUGUCACAGUCGCCCCACCAACCAAAUCAACGACAACAACUGAAGCGACGAACACAACUGUCACAGCGGCACCACCAACCAAAUCAACGACAACAACUGAAGCGACGAACACAACUGUCACAGUCGCCCCACCAACCAAAUCAACGACAACAACUGAAGCGACGAACACAACUGUCACAGUCGCCCCACCAACCAAAUCAACGACAACAACUGAAGCGACGAACACAACUGUCACAGCGGCACCACCAACCAAUGCAACGACAACAACUGAAGCGACGAACACAACUGUCACAGCGGCACCACCAACCAAAUCAACGACAACAACUGAAGCGACGAACACAACUGUCACAGUCGCCCCACCAACCAAAUCAACGACAACAACUGAAGCGACGAACACAACUGUCACAGUCGCCCCACCAACCAAAUCAACGACAACAACUGAAGCGACGAACACAACUGUCACAGUCGCCCCACCAACCAAAUCAACGACAACAACUGAAGCGACGAACACAACUGUCACAGCGGCACCACCAACCAAUGCAACGACAACAACUGAAGCGACGAACACAACUGUCACAGCGGCACCACCAACCAAAUCAACGACAACAACUGAAGCGACGAACACAACUGUCACAGCCGCCCCACCAACCAAAUCAACGACAACAACUGAAGCGACGAACACUACUGUCACAGCGGCACCACCAACCAAUGCAACGACAACAACUGAAGCGACGAACACAACUGUCACAGCGGCACCACCAACCAAAUCAACGACAACAACUGAAGCGACAAACACAACAGUCACAGUCGCCCCACCAACCAAAUCAACGACAACAACUGAAGCGACGAACACAACUGUCACAGUCGCCCCACCAACCAAAUCAACGACAACAACUGAAGCGACGAACACAACUGUCACAGUCGCCCCACCAACCAAAUCAACGACAACAACUGAAGCGACGAACACAACUGUCACAGUCGCCCCACCAACCAAAUCAACGACAACAACUGAAGCGACAAACACAACAGUCACAGUCGCCCCACCAACCAAAUCAACGACAACAACUGAAGCGACGAACACAACUGUCACAGUCGCCCCACCAACCAAAUCAACGACAACAACUGAAGCGACGAACACAACUGUCACAGUCGCCCCACCAACCAAAUCAACGACAACAACUGAAGCGACAAACACAACAGUCACAGUCGCCCCACCAACCAAAUCAACGACAACAACUGAAGCGACGAACACAACUGUCACAGUCGCCCCACCAACCAAAUCAACGACAACAACUGAAGCGACGAACACAACUGUCACAGUCGCCCCACCAACCAAAUCAACGACAACAACUGAAGCGACAAACACAACUGUCACAGCGGCACCACCAACCAAAUCAACGACAACAACUGAAGCGACAAACACAACAGUCACAGUCGCCCCACCAACCAAAUCAACGACAACAACUGAAGCGACGAACACAACUGUUACAGUCGCCCCACCAACCAAAUCAACGACAACAACUGAAGCGACGAACACAACUGUCACAGUCGCCCCACCAACCAAAUCAACGACAACAACUGAAGCGACAAACACAACAGUCACAGUCGCCCCACCAACCAAAUCAACGACAACAACUGAAGCGACGAACACAACUGUCACAGUCGCCCCACCAACCAAAUCAACGACAACAACUGAAGCGACGAACACAACUGUCACAGUCGCCCCACCAACCAAAUCAACGACAACAACUGAAGCGACAAACACAACAGUCACAGUCGCCCCACCAACCAAAUCAACGACAACAACUGAAGCGACGAACACAACUGUCACAGUCGCCCCACCAACCAAAUCAACGACAACAACUGAAGCGACGAACACAACAGUCACAGUCGCCCCACCAACCAAAUCAACGACAACAACUGAAGCGACGAACACAACUGUCACAGUCGCCCCACCAACCAAAUCAACGACAACAACUGAAGCGACGAACACAACUGUCACAGUCGCCCCACCAACCAAAUCAACGACAACAACUGAAGCGACGAACACAACUGUCACAGUCGCCCCACCAACCAAAUCAACGACAACAACUGAAGCGACAAACACAACUGUCACAGCGGCACCACCAACCAAAUCAACGACAACAACUGAAGCGACAAACACAACAGUCACAGUCGCCCCACCAACCAAAUCAACGACAACAACUGAAGCGACGAACACAACUGUUACAGUCGCCCCACCAACCAAAUCAACGACAACAACUGAAGCGACGAACACAACUGUCACAGUCGCCCCACCAACCAAAUCAACGACAACAACUGAAGCGACAAACACAACAGUCACAGUCGCCCCACCAACCAAAUCAACGACAACAACUGAAGCGACGAACACAACUGUCACAGUCGCCCCACCAACCAAAUCAACGACAACAACUGAAGCGACGAACACAACUGUCACAGUCGCCCCACCAACCAAAUCAACGACAACAACUGAAGCGACGAACACAACUGUCACAGUCGCCCCACCAACCAAAUCAACGACAACAACUGAAGCGACAAACACAACAGUCACAGUCGCCCCACCAACCAAAUCAACGACAACAACUGAAGCGACGAACACAACUGUCACAGUCGCCCCACCAACCAAAUCAACGACAACAACUGAAGCGACGAACACAACUGUCACAGUCGCCCCACCAACCAAAUCAACGACAACAACUGAAGCGACGAACACAACUGUCACAGCGGCACCACCAACCAAAUCAACGACAACAACUGAAGCGACAAACACAACAGUCACAGUCGCCCCACCAACCAAAUCAACGACAACAACUGAAGCGACGAACACAACUGUUACAGUCGCCCCACCAACCAAAUCAACGACAACAACUGAAGCGACGAACACAACUGUCACAGUCGCCCCACCAACCAAAUCAACGACAACAACUGAAGCGACAAACACAACAGUCACAGUCGCCCCACCAACCAAAUCAACGACAACAACUGAAGCGACGAACACAACUGUCACAGCGGCACCACCAACCAAAUCAACGACAACAACUGAAGCGACGAACACAACUGUCACAGUCGCCCCACCAACCAAAUCAACGACAACAACUGAAGCGACGAACACAACUGUCACAGUCGCCCCACCAACCAAAUCAACGACAACAACUGAAGCGACGAACACAACUGUCACAGCGGCACCACCAACCAAUGCAACGACAACAACUGAAGCGACGAACACAACUGUCACAGCGGCACCACCAACCAAAUCAACGACAACAACUGAAGCGACGAACACAACUGUCACAGUCGCCCCACCAACCAAAUCAACGACAACAACUGAAGCGACGAACACAACUGUCACAGCGGCACCACCAACCAAUGCAACGACAACAACUGAAGCGACGAACACAACUGUCACAGCGGCACCACCAACCAAAUCAACGACAACAACUGAAGCGACGAACACAACUGUCACAGUCGCCCCACCAACCAAAUCAACGACAACAACUGAAGCGACGAACACAACUGUCACAGCGGCACCACCAACCAAUGCAACGACAACAACUGAAGCGACGAACACAACUGUUACAGUCGCCCCACCAACCAAAUCAACGACAACAACUGAAGCGACGAACACAACUGUCACAGUCGCCCCACCAACCAAAUCAACGACAACAACUGAAGCGACGAACACAACUGUCACAGUCGCCCCACCAACCAAAUCAACGACAACAACUGAAGCGACGAACACAACUGUCACAGCGGCACCACCAACCAAUGCAACGACAACAACUGAAGCGACGAACACAACUGUCACAGCGGCACCACCAACCAAAUCAACGACAACAACUGAAGCGACGAACACAACUGUCACAGCCGCCCCACCAACCAAAUCAACGACAACAACUGAAGCGACGAACACUACUGUCACAGCGGCACCACCAACCAAUGCAACGACAACAACUGAAGCGACGAACACAACUGUCACAGCGGCACCACCAACCAAAUCAACGACAACAACUGAAGCGACGAACACAACUGUCACAGUCGCCCCACCAACCAAAUCAACGACAACAACUGAAGCGACAAACACAACAGUCACAGUCGCCCCACCAACCAAAUCAACGACAACAACUGAAGCGACGAACACAACUGUCACAGUCGCCCCACCAACCAAAUCAACGACAACAACUGAAGCGACGAACACAACUGUCACAGUCGCCCCACCAACCAAAUCAACGACAACAACUGAAGCGACGAACACAACUGUCACAGUCGCCCCACCAACCAAAUCAACGACAACAACUGAAGCGACGAACACAACUGUCACAGCGGCACCACCAACCAAUGCAACGACAACAACUGAAGCGACGAACACAACUGUCACAGCGGCACCACCAACCAAAUCAACGACAACAACUGAAGCGACGAACACAACUGUCACAGUCGCCCCACCAACCAAAUCAACGACAACAACUGAAGCGACAAACACAACAGUCACAGUCGCCCCACCAACCAAAUCAACGACAACAACUGAAGCGACGAACACAACUGUCACAGUCGCCCCACCAACCAAAUCAACGACAACAACUGAAGCGACGAACACAACUGUCACAGCGGCACCACCAACCAAUGCAACGACAACAACUGAAGCGACGAACACAACUGAAGCUGGACCAACUACUGCAACAACUAAAGCUUCGGACACAACACCCUCAAGUAAUCCUACCAAGCCAACAGAAUUACCCACAACACCGGAUGAUUCAGAUCCUAUUGGUCCACUGUUUCCAGACGGUGCUUCUACAAAUUGGAACACAAUCAAAACAAAUCACUCCCAGGGCUUAUAUGCUCCGCUGUUAAGUCAACAGAGGCGAGAUGUAAGAACAUCUGGUGAUCCUCACCGUCUAACGACGUGGCCUUUGCCGCAAUCGGUACAUACUAUGCACGUCGUUAGACGCUGGCUAAAUCCCGGAAGGGAAAGGCCAAUCAAACCAGAAGAAGAAGAAGAAGAAGAAGAAGAAGAAGGCUGCCUUUUUAGUGAUGCGCAUCCAAAAAGUUAA